UGAAGCUCUAGUGGGGCUACAGGCUGCAGGCUGAAUGUACAGGCUUGCGAGCUGCAAGGCUGUGAGUAACAAGCUACCUUGUACUGAACCAUGACUGCCCCAAACGCCAAAGGUGGCCUUACUUCACCUACCACUUCGCUUACACGCUCCUUUCCCGUGAGCUUUUGACAUAAAAUUACCAUCACCCCACGACGAAUGAAACAAACCGAUGCGCGCAGUCUCGGUCUAGGAAAACCCCCCAUCAUAAAAAAAGAUCCCAACACACUGCGCGGCGAGGCAGAGGAGCAAUAAACCAGCUCCAAGAAGCCAAAUACCGAACAUGCACAACUCCCUCACCCGCAUCCAGAAUGUCUUCGGCUUCUUCACCACCGUCGCAUUCGUGGUAGCCGCCUUCAUCGCCGCCUCCGACUUUGCCGCCCCGCGCACACCGAGCGCGAGCAUCAAGACCACCAACGUGCAGGUAGUCAAGGGCCGCCCGCACUACUACUCGACGCGCAAGGAGGAGUACGCCAUCAUCAAAUUCUCGCUGGACGCGGACCUGUCGUCGCUGUUCACCUGGAACACGAAGCAGCUCUUCGUGUAUGUGACGGCCGAGUGGGCGUCGCCCGCCGGCGCGAACCAGACCAACAGCGCCGUCAUCUGGGACAGCAUCAUCACGGCGCCGUCGUCGGACCACCUGGCCAACGUGGGGCCGGCGACGCUCAAGAAGCUCAAGCGCAGCGCCGCCGGCAAGGCCGUCGACCCGGCCCGCGGCGUCCUCAGCCUCCGCAACCAGCGCCCCAAGUACCAGAUCACCCACCCCGGCGGUAGGAUCGCCGAGACCGCCGACGUCGUCCUCAAGGUCCACUACAACGUGCAGCCGUGGGUGGGCGCCCUGACGUGGAGCCAGGACCGCGACUACGGCCUCUGGAAGGCCGUCAAGGGCGGGCUGAGCAAGGCGUUUAGCCUGCCCGCCGUCAAGGUCAAGGAGGCCAAGAAGGCAUGAUUGGAACUAGAAAAGAAAAGAAGAACCCCCCGAUAUUCUAGGCUGGGAACGGGGAAAUGAAAAUAAAAUUUGAAAAGCCAACAAGAUAUGCGAAUAUUAAAGCUGCUUUAAAGACCCCUUGAAUCCCCCUCCCCCCCUUUCUUCUUCUUCAUCUUCUUCUCCUUCUUCUCCUUCUUCUCCCAAGUACGGCGAUGGCGUUGGGUGUGGAAUAAGACUGUAUAACAUUUUAUUGCAAUUGG